AUGCGUCUACAGGGAAGACGCCUGGGCUUUGAGUGGUGCGCUUCGGUCCGCCUCACAGUCGGAAUGGGCAUGCAGGAUUUCUUAUUCGAGAUACUGAAGCAAAUGGGGAAGCUAGCGAGGGAGGUGAAGGACAUGAAUUUGCACGAGAUGACGGAAAUGCACCGCAUCGAAUUGGAAAAGAAGUUCCUCAUUGUGUUGGAUGGCGUGCGCCCGUCCAACGGACAACUCCCGCCAAGGUUAGUGAGCAUCCUGUAUCAUGGGCCUGGCCACAUAAUUAUCACGACUCAAGACCUCAUCAUAGUCCACAAGAAAAUCUUAAAAGAGGCAAGGCUGAUCGAGCUAAGAAAAUUGAACAACAAACAAAGCCAGCAAAUGCUCGCCAAGAAGUUGCCGGGAUUACCCGACUAUCAGAGCCUCUCAAAAGACAGUAUCCUAGAAAUUUGUCGGGGGUUGCCGCUCCGUAUAUCCUUAUUCAGCGAGUUGCUGCCAGAUGCUGAAAAGCACGAACGCAGAAGGGACAACGGCGCCCAAGGAAGUGGGAGAGACUUCCAUUCUGGAGCUCGUGGAAAGGAACGAGAUCGAGGUGGUGAGCUGGAGAGGGAUGGAUUCCCCAAAGCUUGCUACAUGCACACCUCUCCGAAUGACAUGAUUUGCCUGAUCGCGAUGGACAUGGGGUUCCUCCACGGACAUGCCGCUAGCAAGUCAAAAGACAAGAGUGACUGUGACCCAACGGGCCAGCAACAACGGCUGAUGGCCCACUGGCGUGAAACCAAGGUCCGGUGGCUCGUGGAGCACCCGAACAUAGUCAGAGAUGGCUGCGGUGACAGCUGCCCCGGUUUGAACCUCGGCCAUGUCCACUCGUAUCUGUCAUUCUACACGAGGAGAGGCAUGCUUACCAAGGAUAUCAGCACGUUCCUCAGGAACAUGAUCCCCAGGACCGCCUGUAGCUUGCUGAGGGUACUUGACUUGGAGGGUGUGUGUAGGCCAUCCUUGGAAGGUGUGCUCCAUAAGCCGGCGCUAGUAAAGUACCUAGGAUUAAGAUCCACGGUGUUGCACUCGAUCCCUAGUGUAGUUGCGGAUCUGCAUUAUCUCGAGACUCUUGACAUAAAGGACACCUACAUCACUUCCCUGCCAUAUUCCUUCUGGAAGGCGAGGAACUUGAGGCACUCACAUCUCAACCGGUUGUACAUCGACUUAAAGAACAUCCUCGAGGAUGGUAAUGCCUUGACUAAACUCCAAACCUUAAGCGGGCUGGUUAUCAGUGAAGUGAAGGAGAGCUCGAUGAUGGGCCACAUGAGAAGCUUGACCACGCUGAAGCUUUUCUUGCACCAAUUGGCUAGGGAUACCUCAGGCACUGCAGGAAAAGCAGUAGCCGAUUUGAUUCGCUCUAGGCUCACCAAUCUCCAGUCCUUGACCUUAGGGGUGACCAAAAAUGCCAAGCCCGUGAAAUCGCAGAUAGGCCCCUUACCGAAAUUGUCGUUGGCGGAUUAUCACGGACCGUUCGUGCUCUACUUGCCGGACCGACUCAACAAACCCAUCUGGACACAGCUCCUGCCAGUCUCGCUCAGGGUUUUGACCCUGUCGAGUUCGAGGGUGGAAGCAGACAUGAUGACUGAGUUGGGUGGCCUCCUGAGACACCUGAGGACACUCAGGCUGUUGGCCAAUUCUUUCCUAGGCACUAGUCUGAGGUUCGCCAAAGAUGGGUUUCCAAGCCUCAUGAUCUUGAAGAUUUGGAAGCUGCCUCGCCUUCAGGAGGUGAUUAUUGAACAAGGAGCAACGCCACAUCUCAAAUUUCUCAAGUUUAGGCACCUCGAUAUGAUGAAAAAUGUUGAGGGGCUCAACCAGUGUGGGGAGUUGGAGAAUUUCUGUGUGGUAGUCAGAAAGGGUGCUGAUGGUUUUGUCGACCAUCUCAAGGUGGGAGAAGGAAGGGGUACGCCUCUGCACAAAAGAGAAGCCACCGACACGAAUGACGAGGACGACAGGCAUGGAACCAUAUAA